AUGUUGUUGCUUUCCCGUCUCGCUGCCUUGACGGCACUCAGCAGCAUAGCUACUGCCAUCCCUUCUAAAUCACCCAAGAAGAACCAAGAUCCUGCACCUUCAUCUGGUGCUGUCAAUACUACCACUUGCGGUGGCAACACUUAUGUCUAUCAGGAAUUGGCUGGGUAUGGCUUUGUCAAAAGCGAUGCCAGAGACAAAUUUGGAGAUACACUCGGCGGACUUGGCAGUUCCAUUGCCAUUGAUCGGAAGAGCUGGAAGAAGUGUGGUGGAAAUGGCAAGAAUGGAGAUUCGUACAAGGGUGUCUUGUGGGCAUUGCCUGAUAGAGGAUGGAACACACAAGGCACUCUGAACUUUCAGAACCGCGUCCACAAGUUUGAGAUCAGCUUGCAGCUGCAGGACAAUGCAACUGUUGCCUCGCCAUCGGACCCUAACUUGCAGUUGACGUACCUGGACUCGAUUCGCUUUACUGAUCCCAAAAAUACUCCUGUCACUGGUCUAGACCCCGAUGCUACUGGCCCUUACCUCCAAUUCUCCGGGUUCCCUGAUCUGCCCGCUGCUACAUACACCGGUGGCGGCUUUGGCAACAAUGGCACGGGUGGCCAUCGCGUCUCUGUGGAUUCGGAAGGUCUUGUCCUGAACUCUGACGGCUCAUUCUGGGUUUCUGAUGAAUACGGUCCGUACAUCUACAAGUUCUCUGCUGCGGGAAAGAUGCUACAGGCCAUUCGUCCUCCCAAUGCAUACAUUCCUCUGCGUAAUGGUACAGAGAGUUUCAGCGCUGCCUCGCCUCCGAUCUAUAACCCUGAUGAGGAGAUCACCCCCGAGGACCCUACGCAAGGACGAGCCAACAACCAAGGGCUGGAGGGUCUCACCGCGUCUCCCGACGGCAAACACCUCUACGCACUCAUGCAAUCGGCGCUCGACCAAGAAGGCGGCCUCAAGAAGAAAAACAGACGCUACACUCGUCUGCUACAGUAUUCUGUCCCUUCGUCUACUUCCUCCACACCCGUCUACGAAGCCGAAUAUGUAGUUCCCUUGCCCCUCUACAACGACGACAGCGUAGCCGGACAAUCCGAAAUCCACUUCUUGACCCCGACCCAAUUCUUCAUCCUCGCCCGCGACUCAGGCGCUGGACACGGCCAAGACUCAUCCACAAGCGUAUACCGCCACAUUGACAUCUUUGACAUCUCCAAUGCCACGAAUAUUGCCGGUGCUGCCAACGAUGCAUUCAAUGCCUCCAUUGCCUCUUCCAAGGGAAAGCUCAACGCAAACGUGCAACCAGCAACCUACUGCUCCUUCCUCGACUUCAACGUAAACUCGCAACUCAACCGCUUUGGCGUCCACAACGGCGGUACCCAAGACGCUGGUCUCUUGAACGAAAAGUGGGAGUCUAUAGCCACUGUUCCCGUUGGCAAUGGCAACGAUGGCGAAUUCUUUGUCUUUUCGCUCAGCGACAACGAUUUCAUUACGCAAAAUGGGUAUAUGGAUGGUGGAAAGUAUCCGUAUAAUGAUGCUUCGGGAUAUAAUCUCGAUAAUCAGGCGUUGGUGUUUAAGGUCCAGAUGCCCAAGNGAGUGAAUCCUUGA